UACCGGUUUAAAGCCACGUAUGUCCUGACCUCAGUCCCGCCCACACACUGUGGAAGUGCUUCCGGGUUCAGGUUGUUCCUCUCGGUAUGCCCAGCUCUGCUGCCGGUGCUUAGUUGGAAGCCCGUCUUUCCCGGAAGUGGCCUGGGCCAGUCCUUCGGGGUCCCCAUUGCCCCGCUGCUGUUGAGGGCCCCGGGGGCGGCGGCGAUGGCGGAGGCGGCGCUGCUGCUGCUGCCAGAGGCAGCGGCUGAAUCGGACGCUCGGGAGAGGCUGGCUCUCUGGGAUCGGAGACCCGACACCACGGCGCCGCUGACCGACAGGCAGACGGACUCGGUGCUGGAGCUGAAGGCGGCGGCGGAGAACCUGCCCGUGCCGGCCGAGCUCCCAAUUGAAGACUUAUGCAAUUUAACGUCCCAGUCGCUGCCCAUUGCACAGACUUCAAUAGUACCUGAAUCUACAGAAGACAUUCUCUUGAAUGGUUUCAUUUCAUUAGAAAUGGAAGAAGAAAAAAUAGAAACGGCACAGCAGUUUUUCUCAUGGUUUGCAAAGCUACAAACUCAGAUGGAUCAGGAUGAAGAAACUAAAUAUAGACAGAUGAGGGAUUACUUGUCUGGGUUUCAGGAGCAGUGUGAUGCUAUAUUGAAUGAUGUAAACAGUGCUCUUCAGCAUCUGGAAUCAUUGCAGAAACAGUAUCUUUUUGUGUCCAAUAAGACAGGAACCCUACACGAAGCCUGUGAACAACUCCUAAAAGAACAGUCGGAACUUGUUGAUCUGGCUGAAAACAUUCAACAAAAGCUUUCCUAUUUCAAUGAAUUGGAAACUAUUAACACAAAAUUGAAUUCUCCUACAUUGUCUGUGAAUAGUGAAGGAUUUAUACCUAUGCUGGCCAAGUUAGAUGACUGUAUAACAUAUAUCUCAUGUCAUCCAAAUUUUAAAGAUUAUCCUGUAUAUUUACUGAAGUUUAGGCAAUGUCUUUCUAAAGCUUUGCACCUCAUGAAGACAUACACUGUGAACACACUACAGAACCUCACAAGUCAGUUAUUAAAAAGGGAUCCUUCAUCUGUACCUAAUGCAGACAAUGCUUUCACACUAUUUUAUGUGAAAUUUCGAACUGCUGCUCCCAAAGUCAGAACUCUUAUUGAACAAAUAGAACAGCGAUCUGAAAAAAUACCUGAAUACCAACAAUUGCUAAAUGACAUCCACCAGUGUUACCUUGAUCAGCGGGAGCUCCUUUUGGGGCCUAGUAUUACUUGUACUGUAACAGAGUUAACCAGCCAGAAUAACAGAGAUCAUUGUGCCUUGAUUCGCAGUGGCUGUGCCUUUAUGGUCCAUGUGUGCCAGGACGAGCACCAACUUUACAAUGAAUUUUUCACAAAACCAACAUCAAAAUUAGAUGAACUUUUGGAGAAACUGUGUGUGUCAUUGUAUGAUGUCUUCAGGCCAUUGAUCAUUCAUGUUAUUCACUUAGAGACGCUUUCAGAACUUUGUGGGAUUCUUAAAAAUGAGGUGCUGGAAGAUCAUGUACAGAACAAUGCUGAACAACUAGGGGCAUUUGCAGCUGGAGUAAAGCAGAUGUUGGAAGAUGUACAAGAGCGGCUCGUCUACAGAACCCACAUCUACAUUCAGACAGACAUCAUUGGCUACAAGCCGGCUCCUGGAGAUCUGGCAUAUCCUGAUAAGUUAGUAAUGAUGGAGGAAAUUGCACAGAGUUUAAAAGAUGAACAGAAGAAGGUACCUUCAGAAGCUUCAUUUUCAGAUGUUCGGUUAGAAGAAACAGAGUCUAAUAAUCUGAAAAAAUCUGGUUCAACAGAAUCUCUCACUCCUAGACCACAGACCACAAUUUCUCCAGCAGAUCUUCAUGGAAUGUGGUAUCCUACAGUUCGACGAACUCUUGUCUGUCUCUCUAAAUUGUACAGAUGCAUAGAUAGGGCAGUGUUCCAAGGAUUAUCACAGGAAGCCUUGUCUGCCUGCAUUCAGUCGUUACUUGGAGCAUCAGAAUCUAUCAGCAAAAACAAGACUCAGAUUGAUGGACAACUUUUUUUAAUAAAGCAUCUGUUGAUUCUUCGUGAACAAAUUGCUCCAUUUCACACUGAAUUCACCAUUAAGGAAAUUUCCCUGGACCUCAAGAAAACUAGAGAUGCAGCAUUUAAAAUCUUGAACCCUAUGACUGUUCCAAGAUUUUUUAGGCUGAAUAGCAACAACGCCUUAAUAGAGUUCUUGUUGGAGGGCACUCCUGAGAUAAGAGAACAUUAUCUUGACUCUAAAAAAGAUGUAGACCGUCAUCUGAAAUCGGCCUGUGAACAGUUCAUUCAACAGCAGACCAAGCAGUUUGUAGAGCAGCUGGAGGAGUUCAUGACAAAGGUUUCAGCAUUAAAAACAAUGGCCAGUCAGGGAGGACCCAAGUACACUCUCUCACAGCAGCCAUGGGCACAACCAGCAAAGGUUAGUGACCUUGUGGCAAGCGUCUACAAAACCAUAAAAGCAAAGCUGCCUCUGACCUUGAGAAGUAUGUCAUUGUACCUAUCCAAUAAAGAUACCGAGUUCAUCUUGUUUAAACCUGUUAGGAAUAAUGUUCAACAAGUCUUCCAGAAGCUCCAUGUUUUGUUAAAGGAAGAGUUCAGUCCUGAAGAUAUCCACAUCAUUGCUUGUCCUACUAUGGAACAGCUGAACCUCUUACUAUCAGUUUCUAAAUAACCAGAUGAGUCCGGAUGUGCUUGUAAAUGGUCUGUCCAGGAGCGGCUGAGAGUCAUGUGGCUGCAGGACACUUGAGGAACUGUACGUGGGAAUGUCUCCGAGAACCACACAGCGUGCUACUUGUCACUGACUGCAGGAUGAAAUACAAGCAGAGGGUUAAAAAAUUGGUGUUCCCUUGUAAAAACAUCAAAUGCCAAAGAUUAAUCUAUGAGCAGCAGUACCUGCCUCAUUUAAAUGGUCUCAAGAAAUGUAAGUUUUUAAGAGGUAACCAUGGUGGGCACGCAGUGAAAUGGUUCUUAGCAAAAGAUGUGCAAUGAAAAUAGGUUGCAUAGAUAGUGCAGAGAAGAACUUUAUGGAAAUACUGCUAAUUAGGAAGCUUCUAAGAGUAAGAUUUUUAAAGCAUGAAACACUGCAACACUUUUAACCAUUGAGCAUUCCACAGUGAUUAUUAUUAUUUUUUUACUUCUAGAAAUGUUGUUUCUACAUUCUAUAUAAUGUUUCUCCGGUCACUUUGAAAUUUAGUUUGGAGUCAGUUGGAUGCUCCUGAGAACACAUGCUGCUUUUCUGGGAAUUCAGGGUGUUAUCUCCUGUGUCUAAAAAAAUAUAUUGUUGUUUUGUUAAUCCUCACCAGAGGAUAUUUUUUCCAUUGAAUUUUUUUUUUUUUUUUUUUUUUUUUUAGGGAGAGUGGAAGGGAGGGGGGGAAGAGAGAAAGAGAGAGAGAGAGAGAAAGACAGACAGACAUUGGUGUGAGAAAGAUACAUUAUUGGUUUGCCUCCUGCAUGCUCCUGAAAUGGGGCUGGGAAACAAAUCUGCAACCCAGGUACAUGCCUUUGACCAGGAAUUGAAUGCAUGACCCUUUGGUGUGCGGCCGAUGCUCUGCUACUGAGCCACACCAGUAGGGCUAUAUUUUGGGAAGGUAAAAUAUCAUUAUUAUUAUUAUUAUUGAAUUUAUUGGGUUGACAUU